AUGGUAUCACGUAUUCAUUUAUAUCUACCGAGCCUUCCGCUACCUUCCCACGCCCAUUCAAAGAAUCUCUCGAGUUGGUUGGCAUCGAUCUAUGCACGAACUCAUCCAACUGAUGAUGAGGAUUUCUUUGAAAUUUCUACUCGUUAUGGCUCGUUUGCCUUGUUAAUGUUCUCAUUUGCUUCUGUUGCUGCUGGAACAAUCCUUCCACAACUCACGCCAACCACCUAUCCAAGCAAAAACAUAUUCACCGUAUAUAACAUUUAUACUGCCUCCCACUUGUUGUUUGCACUGUUUAUGAUGUGUACUUUCUUUGUAGAAACGGUGGGACAAUCGAUUGUACUCAUCGCAAGCAUUGGUAUCCCAUGGGCUGUGGCAAUGUGGGUACCAUUUGCGUUAGUUGGCGAAUUCGUCCAAAGAAAAGAAUUGUAUGACAGCAUCAAAGCCAAUGGUAAUGAUGUUGAAAGGGAAAUUGGUACAAGUGUAAGCUAUGCAUCUAUAUCAUCGGCGACAUCGUCACCAUCUCUUGCAGAAGAUUCUGAUGAGCAAGAAGAAUUUGACUCAGGAAUGAUUUUAGGCGUGCAUAACAUGUACAUUGUGUUCCCUCAAUUUAUUAUAUCGGUGAUUAGCGCGGCGAUAAUUAAACUUGUGGAGGAACUCACGAAUACGGGAGGCGGUAUCGAUAAUAUAGGAAAAAAUGAUGCAUACGGAUGGGUAUUUAGGUUUGGUGGAUUAAUGUCUUUGGUAGCUGCGUUCUUAUCACGAUAUCUUAUUGACCUACACGUUUAUCGAAG